AUGCAUGCUCAAAUAAUAAUGAGAGAUAAUAGUAAUAACAGCAGCGAUAAUAGCGUUCAUUGGGAAAGGAGGAAUAAUAGCGGUGCAGGACACCGCUAUCGUUCCAGAAGCGGUAAUACCGGUGCUUUGGCAACGAAACUAGGUAGUGGGACGCUCCCCGUCAGGGGAUUAGUAAAGGACCGAACGGGGAGCGGCAAGAUUGCGGGCUGUGUGGAGGCGUUUCUGGACGCCAGGACCCGAUUGAAUACGCCCUGGGACCGUGCUGAGUGCAACUGGCUGGAUCAGGUGGAUUACUAUGUACAGUUGAGGAAAACCGCAUUUUCGAAGGAAUUGGACCUACUGAGGAAGCCUAUGAUCGAUUCGUAUGUGGUAGAGAUGAGGCAGAAGUUUGAUGCCUCCUAUAGACAGUCCAGGGCGCAACUGGAAGCCAAAGUGGCACAGGUGGAAAGUGAAUGGCAUGCAGUACAUGGCGAUGUGCAUUCAAAACUAGAAAAACUGGUGGAAGAACGUCGGUUCUUGAAAAGAUUAAGCGACACGAUUGUACCACCCAGGUCCAAAAGAUCACAGCGACUGUCGCCAUUGACCAAAGAGGACCGGGCCAACGGUAUCUGUCCGCAGCCCAAAGGAAUGAAGGACAUCGCUUGGUUCGAAGCCAUCCAGAAGAAAAUGUUGGGAAUGGGUGGUACUAUUAAGCUCCUGGAGACAGAACAGAAACUACUGGCUGACGAGAAAAACACCGUCAGGAAGACGUUUUGGCCCAUGGUGGAAGCGCAUUCUGGCUCGAAUGAGUUUGCUUACCUGGAAAAAUGCAUUAGGCUGAUGGCCUCUCAGAGAGCAAUAUGUUUUUGUCUCGAUAUAGAGGCCUUCGAAACGAACCAGAACGUAAUCACCGAAAUCGGGAUUUCCAUUUAUGACCCUAGGGAGAACAUGGUGCCAUCAAUGGUUCCGAUUACGAAAAAUUACCAUUUGAUUAUCGAGGAGUCGUUAGAACUUAGAAACCAAAAAUGGGUCUGUGAUUACAAGGAUUGCUAUUUACUAGGAGAAAGCUAUGUCUUGAGCUUGAAGGAAUGCGUGCAUUUCAUUCAAUCGCUAAUCAACUAUUAUUUGGUCCCGGUGACCGAAGAGGAUAAGACAUGGUCAAGGGCCUUCGUUGGACACCACGUGAGCGGAGAUCUUAAGUGGCUGGAAACCAUUGGUGUUAAAUUCCCCGGUAGAGGGUAUGAGGGCCAUCUGGACCAUACGCUGCUUCUCGCUGAAACCCCCAGUGAUCUAGACGUGUUCGUCUUGGACACUGAGCAGUUUUACAGGAAAUCGUACGGUGGAAAGGGGGGCAGUUUGGGCAAAAUUCUCCGCUUGUUCGAGAUACCGCAUGCGUUUCUGCACAAUGCCGGUAACGAUGCGUAUUACACCCUGCAUCUGUUCAUGAAGUUUUGUGAUAUUAAUUUCAGGAAAAUAAGUGGCAUGGAUGACGUUCUUAAAGUAAUGAGCCAAGUGGAAAUUUGGGGCGAAAGAGAUGUGCGGGAGCCCAAAGUGGUGCCCAUGUCGUACGCCAUCUCCAUCGAGGAGGCAGUCAAACAUCGGAUGUACCGCAAGAGUGUCAAAAGUAGCAGGAAAGAAAGAGUCUGCCAGACGGAAUUCGGUGGGUUAACCUAUUUUGGAACUGCUAAAGACGCCUUCACAAGCACUCUUCCGACAUGUUAA